AUGAAGAAUGGCUUAUUCAACGAUUCGUUAGUAACAUGGAAGUGGAAAGCUUGCCAUCGUUCGUGGCAACGAGAAGCUGAAUCCUGGUCGUGUAGCAGGGCGGUCGUUCUUAUCGACCCUUUGAUAACAGUAAAGAAAAAAAGUGGCACUACUAAAAAACUAGAAGUUAGGCAGUCGGAACUUCAAGAAUUUGCUGAUCCUUUAGGUGCUAUCGUCGAAGAUCAGAAAAAUACAGUUUUUACAUCAGAAGAUUUAAUCAUUUCAAAACGGAAAAUGGAACCGAAACUUGCUAACACUUUGGUUAGCAAAGAAGAUGAAAUAGUUACGACCACUGAAAAAGAACUACCGGGUUUUAUACCUUGGUCAUCGAAAAAGCAAGCUAUAUUGAAAUCUUUUUCGGAUACUGAAGACUCAAAGAUUUCAUACUUACACUGUGUUCCGGAUUUGAGAAAAACUGAUUUGUCAUUUGUUAGACGUGCGGCGCAAAGGUUGGAACAGUUGGAGGAUGCUUCAGGCCGGAAAAAAUUAGCGGAACAAUCACAGGAAGAAAAUCUGGUGAAGAUCAACGAAUUGCGGAAAAAUUUGGAAAUAGCUUGGGCCAAGCAGAAGAAAAUAGAAUCUGUUAAUUUAGCAGUAGAAGUCGCAAAUAUUCUUGGAUUAGUAUCAGCAACUGAUAUUUAUCCACGUCAAUUCGUCCUUGUAACAGAUGUUUUGGACGAGUUCGGACAUCUGGUUUAUGAUCGUCUGUAUACCAAAGCAAAUAAGGAACGUGCCGAAGCGGGUUUAGAACAACUGCCAGACAAUUUUACAGUGGAUGACGUACCGAAACAAACGCGGGAUGUUGCAAGAAAUUGGUUCCAUAAAAUUGGUGAUAUCACUGAGUUCUUGUCACGUUUCUAUGUGGAAACUGCUCUCAUUGGUUGUAUCCGUUUUCUCGAUGCGGAAUCAUUAUCGGUGAAUUUGUUACGCUUAGCAAGAAUUCCGGUGUCACUACCGAAUCCGCUGGUAUCAUGUUAUGCUCGUGCUUAUCUAUGUCGUGUUGCCAUGCGGCUUUCUCCCAAUGAUCGCGCACCGCAUUGGCGAUGUUUAAAUGACUGGAUCAAUACAAUCCCGACUCAAUCGAUGCCAGCAGCAUUAAUGCCAGCUUUAGAAUGGAUCAUUCAAUGUGUUGCGUAUAAUGCGACGGCAUACGACGAAUUACAAACUCUGUGGGAUCUUUGCGCAGAUAAUGAAAGGCGAUCCACAUUUUUGCUUCCUUUCUUGCAUGCAGUAUCUUCUGAUUAUUUGUCUCAGCAUGCUUUGGAUGCUUGUAAAUUGGUAGUUGCUGGUGAGAAUGUAAGUUGUAUGGAGCUUUGUGUUCUUGGUAGAAGACUGAUGGCGAAUAAUAUUAAAAAUGAUUUAAAUCGAAUCAUUUUGAAGAAUUGCUGGCAAAAAAUUAUCCAUCUAAUAAGGAUCCGAGAUUUCAUUGAAUGUGCGGUUGUGUGGAUUGAAUUUGCUGCUCGUUAUUUUACUUCGAAUGAGGUUGAUGUUAUGCUGGAAAUAAUUAUAAAACGAAUUACACCUGAUAAGAAAUAUGAAGCUUUCAUGGAUGAACUGUUAUGUAUUUUGGAAAAAAUUACACAUUUAAUUGAUGAGAUGAAGGAUUUAAUUGUAUUACACAAUUUUCAAACGCUCCUGCAUUUAUUCCGUGGUGCGCAACAGCGUGGAGACUGUGCUAUUACGGUGUUAUCUGCUUUCAUACGCUCCUAUGAGCUUUCAUCAGCUAAUGAUUUCCAACUCGCAAGUCAAAUACUUGAUAUUUGCCAGAUGCUUCAUGAUUCUUUAACUGCCCUUUCAAUUGACGAGGAGAAAGAGCAUGCUGCGUUUUAUAUUAUCCGCGCUUUGGAUCGAUUCAAGCUAGAAACAGAUCCGGAACGGGCACUUGAUUUCUUUGUCGAUGCACGUGCUGCUUUUUCGAAUUUGGAUAAAGUCAUUGCCUAUCUUGCCACAAAAGUAUGCUGUCUUGGCUUGUAUGUAGUUCGUCAAGGAAGGAUUUCUCAUGCGGGUGAAACAUUUCUACGGGCUUGUAUAGCAUAUGCCUUCAUUACAGUAGCAUCAUUAUCUAGUUCAGCAACCAAAAUUGAGUUAUACAUCCAGAUUGGAAUGUUAAGUUUGGCUAGCAAUUCACUUCCACAGACAGAUGCGAUCUUGAAGUGUUCGAUCGAAGUGCUGGCAGCAGCUCAUGACCUCAAGGUGUCAAUUUAUCGAUCCAUCUGUUCCUCGUUUCUUGCGUUUUUGGUAUUAGUUCCUGACCCUCCAAACAAGAAUCCUUUAUACAUGUUUAAUGGAUUUUUGAACGCUAUUGCCAGGUACCCUUGGGGAAACCAAUUCUUGGAACACGGACGCGUUCUAUUAGAAUGUAUUUGUUAUCUCUCAAUAAUGAAUCAGUCGGAAUUACCAUAUCAUAUAGUAUAUGGUGGUGUGCAAUCGAAUGACACUUUAUAUGGUGGCACUGAAGAAUUCAUGGAAUUAAUCGAAGAGAAAUGCGAAGUGGUGAUGGGUCGUCUGGAAGACAUUUACAAACAGGGUGGAAAUAAACUACCACUGUUAGCUAUUGAAAUCUUAGAAGUGAUCCUCAGUUUGGGAGAUGUUGAAGCGUUGGCUACUUUGAUCAUCGAGCUUUAUGGUGAUUCUACUGCAGCAUCGGAAUUGUGGAAGCGACGAGAAUUGAUUUUGCGGAAAAUUCAGCACUGUGCAAGAAAAAACAAAGAAUUGGAAAGAUUAUAUGAACAGUUAUAUACUUUAGAAUAUUCUGCUUAUAAUAAAAAGUGA